GAACAGGAUCUCCCGGUUUUAUUUGAUCAGUAAGCCCGCUGUCUGUUGCUUUUGACUGCCUCCUUGUCAGAAGUUUGAAAUUAGAGGCCAUUAAGACGGAGAGGACAUCUGCACUGGCACCCUCUGACCUCUCUCCACAGUGCAUUCAUGCUAAUUGCACAGCAACAGGGGGAGAGCUGAGAUUGGUCUACCUGCAGAAGCAGUAAAAGCCCACACCUCUGAGUCAGCGUACCAGGUGACUAAAGCUGCCAACAGAGCUCCUCUGAACGGCCUGUCUGCCCCAGAGAAUGACAUGGAGGUGGAAGGGCCUUGGAGAGAAGUUUUUGAGAGGACAGAGGGACAGGGGGACAGAGGAGCAGAUGGGCAGGGCAACACUGUGCGCAGGUCCCUGCCACUGAGCAUAAACCACAGCAGAUCCAAAGGGGAGGAGUCACAGGCCACGUCAUUGCCAUCCAUACCCAAUCCGUUUCCAGAGCUCUGCAGCCCCGCCCACUCCCCUGUUCAGAUUGGUUCUCCCCUGGGACAGGGCUCAGCUCCUGCAAGUGGCACACAUGUAGUGAAGGUGUUUGGGGAGGACAGCCGCAGCCGGUCCCUCUGGGUGCCGACAGGGGCCACAGCACGGGACAUUUGCCACAUGCUAGUUCAGACAGCACACUGCGCAGACCAGGAGAGCUGGGCUUUGAUCGAGCUCUACCCAAACCUUGGACUGGAACGCUGCCUGGAGGACCAUGAGACAGUGGUAGAGGUACAGGCCACCUGGCCUCUAGAGGAUGACAACAGGUUCCUGUUCCGCAAGAAUUAUGCCAAAUAUGAGUUCUUCAAGAAGCCCAUGUUAUUCUUCCCAGAGCACAUGAUCUCAGAUAGCGCUGAUGUGACAAAAGGCAUGACAUCAUCAGAACUCAUCCAGAACCUGCUGAACUCAGGGAGCUGUCCAGAGAUUCAGGGCUUCCUGCACGUCCGGGAGCUCAACCGCAAGCCCUGGAAGAGGGUGUGCUUCUUCCUGAGGAGGUCCGGGCUCUACUGCUCCACAAAGGGCUCCUCCAAGGAGCCGCGUCACCUGCAGUAUGUGGCUGAUCUGGAAGACCUCAACAUCUACACAGUCACUAACAGCCGCAAGCUGUACGGGGCCCCCUCAGACUUCACUUUCUGUAUCAAGCCCUGCAAGAACCGUGCGCGCUCGCGAGACAUGAAGCUCCUGUGUGCAGAGAAUGAGCAGACACGCACCUGCUGGACCACUGCCUUCAGGCUGUUCAAGUACGGGAUGCAGCUCCAGUGUAAUUACCAGCUCUCCCAGUCCACACGCAAACAGGAGAGCACACAGCGACACGGAUCCAAGCGCUGUGUGUCGGAGGCCUCCUUGGUGGCCAUGGAUUUCUCUGGAAAGUCAGGGGGGAGAGUGAUUGAGAACCCCAAAGAAGCCCAGAGUGCUGAACAUGAGGAGGGACAGACCUGGAGGAAGAAGACCGCCCUGCGCUAUAGUCUGCCUAACGCCUGCCAAAGCUCCCACAGUGCCUUGAUUCACCAGACCCAGGCCUGGUUCCAUGGGGGUGUGUCACGCAGAGAGGCACAGGGGCUGAUUGAGGAACAGGGGCUUGUGGAUGGUGUGAAGAGGGUGGGAGGAAGUACUACACUAUGGAUGACGGUGAAACACUCUUCAUCGACCUUCUGCAGCUGGUGGAGUUCCACCAAAUCAACCGAGGGAUCCUGCCUGUCUGCCUCAAGCACCCCUGUGUUCGUGUGGCACUGUGACUGUGCCCCCCUCUCCCCCUCCCCCAGACGUACCCCUCCUGUGACCACCGCCCCCCCACACUGGCCACUGACCCCUUUACCUGAACAGAUAGCACCUGAGGUGGGCAGUCUCGGAAGGUAGCAUUUUCAAGCGGAGAGAUCGCACUGAGGCUAGUGACUUUGGGUGGGGUUUAGAUGAACUGUGUGAGUUUGCUCCUCACGUCACUGUGGAACCGAGUGCAGACGUUCUGCGCAGCAAAACUGAGCGACAGCAAAGCCACAUUUUUAAUAAACAAGAACUGGACUCUUCACGGUGCCCUGGCCUGUUGCUUGACAACCCGGAGAUGUGGAUAAACCUCUUUGGCCGUGACGUGGGUAUCCGGAAGUGUUGCUGUCAUUGUAGUGCAUGGACCCUAGGUUGGGCCGUGUAGAUAACCGUGUAGAUGACACUCUUACCCCCUGCCUCCACAUCAGUUGCAGUUCACUGUAGCACACACCGAGGGUCAUGAAUUCUUGCUCUGUCCCUCAAAAAAAGAAUGAAUGUGAAUUUGUGAGAGGCUUUCAGUGAGCUUAUCAUGCAUAAAAAAAUAAACAUUGGUUGCCAAAACAUGCAGGUAGAUGUAGCAGCAGGUGCAGGUAACUCAAAGAGUGCUCUUUUGUGAUGGUGUCUGUGUUGAUUUUUCCCCUGACAGAUGUGCCAUGGUUAAAGAUUCACACUAGUCCUGAUUUAGACCUAAUUAAGAGACCUUUAACUGGGAAUUGAAAGGCAUAACAUUUUAAUUGAAGGUGAUGACGUCCCAGAAAGCAAUGAGCUGUGGCCGGGAGAUAGGUGGAAUGAUGAAACUUUUGCUCCUCUCGAAAUUAGGCAAACAGCUGCGGUUGUUUUGUGGGCCUGCUGUCCGCCACCACAGAGAGUCUUUGCUCAGGGCCCUCUUUUGGCAAAGUGUGACUGAGCACGUGUUCCCUGUAUGAUUGCUCUCUCCACCCCAGCCUUUAGUGCCUCUGUUGAGUUUGGCACCAUCGGUAACGAUUACCUCACCCUCUCCUGCUCCGUCUGGAUUCAGCGGUGGUAUGCAUUAGGUGGACGUGUCCAGAAUAGUUAGCACGAAUGUCUUCAAGUAGUUUCAUUUAAAAUUUUAUUGUUCUUCCGUAAUUGUCAUUGUAAUAUGAAACAUUCCUGCAUAGAAUGCAAAAAUAACUCAGUCCUGAGGAUUAGAACUGUGUUGGCACUAUGAGGUGAGUAAAUGUUUAGUUUUGAGCAGGGGCAACAUGGUUGCAGAACGCACACUUUGCACUGUCUGUGAAUGCUGCACACUAGCCUGUUCUUGGCAAGUCCUCUGAUUUGCCUUUGAAGGGAUUUGGACAGUCCAGUUGUCUUAUUGAUUCUGGUGCAUUCUGUAGCCAAAUGCCACUAGAGGGAGCACAAGCACAAGGAAUGGCUUGCUUCAGGUCCAGCUCUCCAUUGCAGCAGUGAAUCUUGGAAAUAAGUUAUGGCAGUGUGCCUCAGUCCUGACCCAGGAGACUCACUGUAUGUUCUGAGUUUUGUUUUUGUUCUCUAGUCAGUUAGUAUGAUUAUGUGAUUAACUGAAUGCUGAUGUGGAUUUUAUAUAAUGUUGCAGUUAAAUGCAUAGUAUGUUUAUGUUAAAGGUAACGAAAGGGAUUUCUUCUGUUUGUUAAUAUCUGCCCCCUCAAUAAGGUAAGACUAAUUGGCUCAAUUGCUUCAGGCCUUAAAACAAUGAAUAUAAAAACUCAUUAAUCUUAAAGAAGCAGUGCACUAAUCUAUUGCCACUUUUCAUAAAUUAACAAACCAGUUCAAAGAAAUGCCUUUACUUUCCUCUUUAUACCUCUUUUAUACCACUUUAUGGCCAUUGAAAAGAAUUUCUAUUCGGCUAUUGCCAAAGGUGUCAAAUCCAGAUCAGCUUUCAAUUAGCUCAAUCACUCCUCAAAUUUAUAUAGGCAUAGUCAUGGCCCCAAACCAAGAAUUACAAUCACAGAAAUGAACUGAAUAGAGAAAGCACUCUUAAAUGCAUGAUUUUGCACAGUGGUGGUUUGUU